CGUGUCAUCAUAUCAGCGACAGGAGGUUCUGUGGCAACUGCUCAUGCAUUCACACACCCUUUAGUUCCAUAGCUGCUUGCCUGCUAGCCGUCACUCCGACCCCGUCACUCGGAACCUUCCACACCACAGCACUGCUGUCCUAUUCUGGCUAGCACUGGGCCCCAGGCUCCAAUCAUGGCAGACCAGUACAACAUCAAUGAGGAGAAGAUCCUGAAGGACAGACACGCCAAAGAGAUUGACCUGAUCAACAGGGACCCCAAACAGAUCAAUGAAGAUGUUGUAAAGGUGGAAUUUGAGGACGUGAUCGCUGAACCUGAUGGCACACAUAGUCUGGACGGAGUGUGGAAAGCAAGCUACACCAUGUUCACUGUCUCUAAGUACUGGUGCUAUCGCGUGCUAUCAGCCAUUUUUGGUAUCCCAGUGGCGUUGCUGUGGGGAUUCUGCUUUGCCUGCAUCUCCUUCUGCCACAUCUGGGCUGUGAUGCCCUGCAUCAAGAGCUACCUGAUUGAGACUCAGUGUUUAAGUCGAAUCUACUCACUCUGCAUUCAUACGUUCUGUGACCCAUUGUUUGAGGCAUUGGGAAAGGUCUUCAGCAGCAUACGAGUUGCACUUCGCAAAGAGGUGUAAAGAUCCUGAAGGAGUUUAUGAUAUCAAGUUCUGUUAUGCAUUUUCUUCAGCUUUUAUAAAGAGCUCAAAUCUUGAUGGGUUUAAACUUGGUUCCAGUCACAUUUCUAUAACAAAUGACUGGGUAAUUAUAAGCAAUGGUGCCUGAAUGCUGAGUUGUACUGACCUGUGCAGUGUUUUAAUUUCAGUGGUGUGUGUAGAGGGGCUCAUGUUGUACAGGUGUGGCCACUCACCUGUUAAGAGAAAUAUUUAUAAAACAUUUGAGUGCUGAAAGUGGAGAACAGAGGAGUCUUAUUCCUCUGUGUAAUAAAGUCUUCUCUUUGUGUGUUCAA